AUGCUGUCGAUCGCUGUGGGACUCACUCUUCUCUGCGCCACUGCUCUGGCGCAGUUCUCCAUCCCUGACGCCGAGGUGAUUUUCUACGAGCCCCGCGGCUUCCGUGUGUCCAUCCCAGCCGAUCCCGAGAUCCGCCUGUUCGCCUUCCACGGCGCCAGGAACAAGGUGCUGAGCGGCACCGAGCCCGGAACCUGGAAUGCGGACGUGACGACAGCCAGGGACGGCAAGUUCGUGUUCGAGGACUCAAACACAAAGUUUGAGAGAGGAGACUUCCUCAGCUUCUGGCUGUACGCCAUCCUGCACAAUGGCCAGGGCGUGCAGGAACUCGGACUGACAAGAACGGCCAACGACUUCCUUCCACGCACUCAAAACUCGUUCCCAGUACCUGGUCCAAUUGGCUUUGAAGUUCCCACGCCUGAAGUGAAGCAUUUCUCGCGGGGAUUUGAGGUUUCCAUUCCGGAAGAGGAGGGAAUUUCCCUCUUCGCCUUCCACGGACAGCUUAAUCAGCCCUUCACGGGCCUUCAGGGUGGCCAGUGGUCUUCGGACAUCACCGUGCCUACAGAAGGACGCUUCCGCUUUACUGAGCGCUCCACGAAGCUGAAGCCAGGCGACGUAAUUUACUUCUGGGUUCACGUGAUCUUCAAUGGUUUGGGAUACAAUCUCGAAGGCCAGGAGUAUCGCGUUCCUGGUGGCACAGCGAAUCCUGCUCCAACGCCAGUGACUCCUGUAACUCCGGUGCGAAUUAGACCAAUCACUUCAGAGACUGAUGCUCCUGAGCCAGAGUCUCCGACCUGUCAGAAGUCCCCAACGGUGCUGAAAGACGGAAGUCAUCCGUGCGUCGGAGCUCUGAUAUUCUCCGAGGAGUUCUCAGGACACAGACUCAGCGGACAGUGGGAAAUUGAGAAGAGGUUCGGAUCCAUCGAACCGGAUAAUGAGUUUGUUAUCUACCUCAAUCGAUCGGAGAAUCUGCACAUCAGUGGAGGACAGCUGAGGAUCAGACCAACGUUCACACAGAGUGUCUAUACAGACAGAUUCACGCUGGAUAUUCCGCACUGUACCGAGGAACACGGUUCUCCAGCUUGCAGUAGAUCUAGGGAGAAAUUCCCUGACAUCCUGCCGCCCAUAAUCUCAUCCAGGAUAAAUACAAAGUCCCAGUUUCACUUCCUCUAUGGAAAAGUGGAGAUUCGCGCUAAACUUCCGAGUGGAGAUUGGAUAUUUCCAGAAAUGUUCCUGGAAUCCGUCAAGAACACCUAUUCAACUGAUAACUUAGAAUCUGGACAAAUGCGCAUCGCCUUUUCGUCAGGCGGUCCUUGCAAUACUCAGGAUCUCUACCAGGGAGUUCUUCUAGACUCCCGAGAGCCCUAUAGGACGAAGAAUCUAUGUGUGAAACGCAUUGCUUCCGGUGGUAAAUGGUCAGAUGAAUUUCAUACAUUUACAAUGAUUUGGACGCCAGAGAAAAUCUCAACGUUCGUCGAUGACAAGUUCAAUUGCGAGAUUCUUCCCAUCGACGGCUUUCACACGCAAACCCUCGAGGAUGGACAAAUGUAUCCGGGUGCCAACAAGUGGAAGCAGUGGGGCACUUCCAAGCUGGCGCCUUUCGACCAAGAGUUCUUCCUGACGCUGGGUCUGGGCGUUGGCGGACACAAUGACUUCCAGGAGUCGCGCUACUGCAAACUGCCCUGGAAGAACACCUCGCCGAGGGCGAUGAAUCAGUUCUGGCAGAAGAAGGAUGAGUGGACGCCGUCCUGGGAGAAUCGCGAUCCCAACUUCAAGGUGGAUUAUGUGCGUAUCUACGCGCUUUAGACUG